AGUAUACAGUUCAAUGAACAGUAUAAAAUAAGAAAUUUGUGGCGUUCAAAUGAUCCUGUCAUAGCAUUACUUUGCAAGAUAAUGAGGUUGUAGGCUGCAAAAAUAGCCAUUUAAAUUAUACUGCCGUCUCAGUCUGACGAUUAAAUGGUCAAGAGGAAAAGGUCUCUAAGGUUAAAAGGUCUCUACUUGACUUCAACUUCAGCUUGUUCUGCUCAUGGAUGCUGAAACUUUCAUUGUAUGGAAAGUGAAACAUUUUAUAUUUUUGAGUUAUGGGGAAAAUAUUAUGAUAGAACUUUGUGUUUUUCAGCUCCAAGUUCCAUUCAUAUGUGCAUAUUUAUGAAUACCAGUGUCUGACAUAAAUAUCAUCUUACAGACGAUUUGUGACAUUUCAAAAUCUUGAUACUUGUAGACAAUGGAAUAGUAUGUUCUUCAGUCUUCUAUAUACCUACUGUGUUUCACCCACAUUAUAAAUGCCCAUGAUCAAAUGGGUAUUGAAGAAAUGGAAGUCGUACAAGUACCGUUUCGUUCCAUGGCUGAUAUUUAACUUCAAAAACAGGUUGGUGCUUAGUGAUCUAUGCAGAAAGAGCUGAAGACACAGCAAGAUUGCAUCUUACACCAUGAAUUGGCAGUUGAUUCUGUUUUUGAAGUUUUAACAUUGUUGAAUGAAAAUAUUUCACCAUUUGAAACUCAGUAUGUGCAACAUGAGAAAGCAAAUCAGCUACUGUUGCGCCGACUGGGGUUCGAGGUGCGCCGCCAGCGGAGCGCGGUACCGGCCGCUGGCCGCGGCGUGGUGGUGACCCGCGGCGUGGUACCGGCCGGCGCCGUGUGCGCCUGGUACCCGGGUACCGUGUACCUGCCCGGCGACCCGCUGCUGCUCGCCUCCAUCGGCAACCAGUUCGUGUUCGCCUGCGCCGACGGCGUGCACGUGGACGGUCGCGGCGGCGGCCUGAGUGGUCUGCUGUUCGGCUCGUGCGCCGGCCGCGACCACAUGGGACCGUACCCGGCGGCCGACCGCUCCUGGCGCACCGAGCUGCCUGCCAACCCGCUGGCCGUUGGACAGUUCGUCAAUAAUCAGUCACCAGGUUUUCCGAGUAACGUCCGGUACCAGGAGGUGGACCUGCCGGCCGUGCCGUACCCGCUCCGCCGGUACCUGCCGUACGCGUGGUACCGGGCCCGCGUACCGCCACCGAUGCGGGCCGUGGUGCUAGUCGCACAGCGCGACAUACGCGCCGGAGAGGAGCUGUUUGCCAACUAUUUCACCGUGGUACACGACAGCUGACCCGGGAAACGGGGUUACAUAUGUAGGAUCAAGGUUUGGAAGUGACUGUGAUAAGCAGUGGCCUUCCGGCGCGCAGUUUAUGGAUAAAAAGACUGAAUCAAAACCACGGCAGGCUGUUCUUGGUAAAAGCAGGGCUUAGCUGAGCUUUGACAUUUGAUAUCACGUUGCAACAAGUGUUGUUUGAAAAUUAAAUAAUUCUUAUGAUGGGGAUUACGGGUUUCAAACGUAAUGGGACUGUUUACGAAAAUGAGGCCACUGAUCCCGUUGCUACUUCGUUGCUGUGUAGUCAGUAGUGUGUAGCAUUGAUUGCAUGCGUCUAAUGUGUCAUUAGAAAGUGUUCACUAUCCAUCCUACCGAAUGUGUCUAGUCUAUGCAUGUGCGCUGUGUGCUGGUGAACAGUGGACUUAAAUUUGUGUUACUGGCGCCCAUCUGAUGUGAUAGUUUGUGUGCCAAUAAAAUGUGUGCGCUACAUUUCAACUCGUCGAGGCGGACGUUGGCAGUCCGUAACCAAACGUACUGAAUGACCGUUGUUAUUACUCGCAAUCUCGGUACCUUGUUCUGAUAUUACU